UUCAGUUCUAUAAUGCCGACGGCGAAUAUAUCCACGUUCUUCACGUCGACCAGCACGCCGACCGGGCAGAAGAAACCGAAGCCUUCGUUGGACAUCACGUUGAGCCAACUGACCUCUGCAAACUUAAACGAACUGGCUAACAGUUUGGGAAUCACUGUACAAGAGUUGACGAGCUUGACGCUUCAGCAGUUGACCGAAUGUCUGGCUAA